UGAUCAAAAAGUUGUUCCAUUAAUUAUAAUACCAAAUGGAGAAGAUCUCAAGAUCAAGCUCAAAUUUGCAUCAACUUGGACUGCCACAAAAGCACGAGAGAUACGUGACAGUGUUGAGCAUAGACGGCGGCGGUAUUAAAGGUAUCCUCCCCGCGGCUAUCCUCGAGCGCCUUGAGUCGGAGUUGCAGGAAUUAGACGGCAAGGAAGCGAGGAUAGCAGACUACUUCGACGUGAUAGCUGGGACAAGCACUGGCGGCCUAGUCACGACCAUGCUCACGGCUCCGGGCAAAAACAACCGCCCUCUUUACGCUGCCAAACAAAUCAUGCCUUUCUACUUGGAAAACUGCCCCAAGAUAUUUCCUCAGGGACUUUGGUUAUUUCCGGGUAUGAAAUUUCUGAUAUCGUUAAUGGGGCCGUUAUAUCACGGGAAGCACCUUCAUAAGGUUUUGAGGGACGAGUUGAAAGACACAAAGUUGAGCGAUGCGAUCACCAAUGUUAUUAUUCCGGCGUUCGACAUCAAGCUUCUGCAGCCGGUUAUCUUCUCCAGUUAUGAGGCAAGAGAAUCGCCACUACUAGAUGCAAAAUUUUCAGACAUAUGCAUAAGCACAUCGGCAGCUCCUACUUUUCUCCCCGGCCACAAAUUCACCACACGCGACGGCGAAGGCAACUCUAGAAAAUAUAACCUUGUCGAUGGCGGCGUCGCUGCAAACAAUCCGGCUCUGAUAGCCAUAGCAGAAGUGACGAAGCAGAUGUUCGACAGCAACAUAGACUUGUUCCACAUGAGGCCAGUCGAAUAUCCUCGUCUUCUCACCAUAUCUCUAGGCACGGGAGCAGCGAGCAUAGGCAACAAGAAAUACAGCGUGAAGAAGGCUAAGAAAUGGGGCAUUCUGAAAUGGCUUUCAUACAAGGGCACUACGCCCAUGGUCGAGAUCUUCACCCAAGCAGGUGCUGAUAUGGUCGACUUUCACAUUUCUCAGAUUUUUCAAGCUCUUUGCUCAAAAGAUAACUACCUCAGGAUCCAGAACGAUACCUUAAAUGCGGUUCAGAAUUCGGUGGAUGCUGCAACACAAAAUAACUUGGAUGACCUUGUCAAACUUACUAAUGAAAUGCUGUCUAGACCGGUUUCAAGGGUCAAUUUGCGGUCCGGUCUAGCUGAACCGGUCCCAAAUGGUGGAACUAAUGAACAAGCUCUAAAAAGGUUUGCGAGUUUAUUGUCGAAUGAACGGAAGCUUCGGGGGUGUGAAAAUAAUGCUGAAAAGAAGGGAGAGGUCGAGACGAGGCAGCCAUUCCAAAAUCCAUUGAACGACUUCGUUGAUUUUGCACGAUCAGUGUCAGAUGAGACCAAACAUGUACUAGGAAAGCAUGCUCAAAUUUUGAGACCAAGCUCCCAGUGUAAGAUCACUUCAAUUCCAAUCGAAAAGCUGAAUGGAGAACUUAGUUCAAUAGGGAAGAAGCUGAUAGUGAAAUCAACAAUUCAUGUACCCACUCCUUUUUUCCCUUCUCAUCGCCAAGUUUUUUGUAGAAUAUCAAGGCCUUGACCUUGAUCAAUCCUGUGUGCCUUGGCUAUUCUUCUGAUGAUUUUGUAUUCCAAAUAAAAUAAUUCGCCAAAAUGAUGUAAUAAAAUUAUGACACCCGUACUUUUUAUGUACUACA